AUGGGGAAGAAAGCUAAGAAGAAGGUCCGAGCUCCACCAAAGGAGAAUCUGACCAUGACGCUCUCCGAGAAGGUCUCUGAACAGCCUAGUGAAGCCGGGGAAGUAGCUGAGGUGGCUGUUAAAUCAAUGAAGGAGAAACAAGCUUGUGUGCAUUUCAAUAAGGGUCUUAAUUUGGAUAAAGUGUUGGAUAAGAUCAAGUCUUCCCGGCAGAUUAAGUGUCAGGAAUGCAAGGAAAGGGUGCACGACAAGAGAGGAAUUAAAGCGAAGGGUAAUAAGGGGAAACAUGGAUUUGCUUCUUCUGACCCAAAAUCUGACAAAAAAGCUAUUUGGGUUUGUUUGGAAUGUGGCUAUUAUGUUUGUGGAGGUGUUGGGUUACCAAAUGGAGCUCAGAGUCAUGUUGUGAGGCAUAUCAGAGUGACGCAUCACAGAUUGGUGAUUCAAUGGGAAAAUCCUCAGUUAAGAUGGUGUUUCCCGUGCCAGUCGCUUCUCCCAUUUGAAAAAGAAGAGAAUGGUGAGAAGAAAGAUGUGCUGUCGGAGGUUGUAAAAUUGAUUAAAGGACGAUCUUUGAACAAUUUAGCUUUAUCUGAUACCGAAGAGCAGUGCUCAGCAAGUGGCAACAUCAGUAGUGAUAUCAAAUUAGAAGGUGCUGUGACUAGUGGUGUAGAAGCAAGAGAUGGUUAUGUCGUGCGAGGUUUAGUUAAUCUUGGGAACACAUGUUUCUUUAACUCGAUAAUGCAAAAUCUUCUUUCUUUGGAUCGGUUACGCAAUCACUUCUUGAAGGAGGAUGUGUCUGCUAUUGGUGGGCCUCUUGCUUGUUCCCUGAAGAAAUUAUUUACUGAAACGAAACCAGAGGCAGGCUUGAAGAGUGUGAUAAAUCCAAGAGUCUUUUUUGGGUCUUUCUGUACUAAGGCACCCCAGUUUAGGGGUUAUGACCAGCAUGACAGCCACGAGUUGCUACGAUGUCUGCUAGAUUCGUUGAGCACCGAAGAAUCGGCCUUGAGAAAGAAGCGUGGUGUUUCUGAUAAUGAUGAUAAAUCUACUCUCAUAGAUUCCGUAUUUGGAGGCGAAACUUCGAGCAUUGUUUCUUGUAUGGAGUGCGGGCAUUCCUCAAAAGUCUAUGAGCCAUUUUUGGAUCUCUCUUUACCCGUACCAUUCAAGAAAACCCCUCCUAAAAAGCUGCAAACUGUUACUCGAGCAAAGAAAGCUAAGCUUCCACCAAAAAGAGUCCCUAAGAAUGUGUCAAAGGUAAGUAAAGUUUCAAAAGUUCUUCCAACUAAGGCUCUUUCGGAACUGAAUCCUCCGGGAAAAGCUUUGGUUACCACAGCUGAUUCAGAUGCAUCAUGUUCCACUUCUGCACCCAUUGAUAAUGGUCUGGAUUCAGAGACUUCUUCGGUUAUAACCCUUGACAAUAAGCAGGCCCCAGAAAGUGUAACACAAAGUGAUACUGUUUUCGAUAGCUUCUGGUUGGAUAUCAUUGGACCAGAAACCUUUGGAGAUGAGACGAAUUUGGAUAUGCAAGAUAAUGUUAGUGAUAAACCCCCAACAACUGAGGCUAAUCAAAUUGUUCCUGGUCCAAAUAUUCAUGCUAAUACCUCAGUUUCAUCGGGUGAUCAGACUUUGGAAGGUAACACAGAGAGGCUGAUGCAAGAUAAUGAUGGAUUUGCAGAGGCAGAACCCAUCUUGGAUGAAAAAGAUGUACAAGCAACACAGUCUGAUGAAUGCACAGCUACAAGCGGUAUUUCUUCAGAAAUCAACCAAGUUAGUUACAUCGGUGGUGAUCCUGGUAUAGGGGAAAGUUCUUCCUCUGUGAAUCCUUGGGAUGAGGAAGAGCUUCCCAUGGUGGUUGCAGAUUCGCAAGUUCUGUACAUGCCAUACAAAGAACACAUAUCCUGUAGUAAUGAUAAAACAGUUGCGGAAUGCGAAGGCGAGGCUUCAUCUUCGUUUGUUACUGGUGAUCAUGAACCACAGAACAAUGAUUUUGUUGAUUUUGGUGGUUUAUUUGAUGAGCCGGAGACUACUGAAGGACCUGUUUUCGGACCUCCUUCUAAGGCUGAAGCUUCGGGAGUUGGUUUUAUGGCGUUCAGCAGCGAGUCUGAUCCUGAAGAAAUCGAUGAUUCAGAUUCACCGGUGUCUGUUGAGAGGUGUUUGGCUCAUUACACAAAGCCUGAGAUUUUGUCGGAUGAUAAUGCUUGGCAUUGCGAGAACUGUUCAAAGAACCUGAAACUACAACUGCUGAUAGAAAAGCAAAAAUCCAUAAAAGAUGAUUCGAGAUCAAGCAACACCAGCAAUGGAUGGGUGAAUGAAAAUGAAAACGAAAAGGAUGUUUCUGGAGAAACCGUUGUUUUGGCUACAAAGCAAUAUCCAAGUGAUACUUUUAUUGUCAAGGAUCAUAACUCUAAUGGAAAAGAAGCUACGAGUUCUCACUCAGCUAAUGACAAUGAAUCCGAAGAAACUCAAGAUGAAGAUUCUGAGAAAGUGAUAACAGUAAAGAGAGAUGCGACUAAAAGAGUGCUUAUAAACAAAGCCCCACCUGUCUUAACUAUUCAUCUAAAACGGUUCAGCCAAGAUCUGCGAGGUAGGCUAAGCAAGUUAAAUGGCCAUGUUGCUUUCAAAGAGGUCAUUGAUCUUCGACAAUAUAUGGACGCGAGGUGUAGUGGAGAAGACCCGCCUGUCUACAGACUGGCUGGAUUGGUGGAGCAUUCAGGGACGAUGAGAGGAGGUCACUAUGUGGCGUAUGUUAGAGGAAGUCAGAGAGUUAAAGAGGCUGAGUCCUCCACUGUUUGGUAUAACGUAAGCGAUGCACAUGUUCGUCAAGUUUCGUUGGAAAAGGUUCUGCAUUCUGAAGCGUAUAUCUUGUUCUACGAACGGAUCUUAUCACAAGACUGA